CAAAGCCGGCCUCAGUGCUGGCUUAAAGUAGGCCUGCACAGUGCGCACGUGAUCGGUUUCGACUGCUGCACUGGCGCUGCGAGCUGUGCGAGCUGUGCGAGCGUGUGCUACAACUAUACGAGCUGUGGGAGCUGCUGUGGCGUGCGAGCUGUGCGUGCGAGUGGUGUAACCUUCUACAGAUGCUGCAUUCCACCCUCCUCUGCUGCACAGCAGCGCUAGCCGCCGCGAAGAGCCGCGGCGGCCCAAGCUGGACGGCAGCUCAACGCGAGCAUUUCGCCACGAACGGCUACGUGCUGCAACCGGACGUCAUACGACCGGAGGACCGCGAUGCGUUAGUGGCUGCGUUCGAGCGGUUGUUUAGCGGAGAAUUCGACACAGGGAUCUAUCCCGACGAGUGGCACUGGCGAGAAGGCAUCUCGAAGCCGGACGCGUUCCGAGAAAUAGUCAAUGCUUGGAAGUUCGACGACAGCGUCGCGGCGGUGGCGCUGGACGCCUCUAUUGGGAAACGUGCGGCGGAAUUGAUGGGCUGGCGUGGCGCACGGUUGGCACAAGACGACGUGUUGUGGAAGCCGCCAGGUGCACAAGGCGUAAGCUAUCACACGGACGGAAAGUACAUCUCGGACAAUUUCAUGCCCAGAGACGACAACUCCGUCACCGUGUGGAUUGCUCUAGACGACGCCGACGAAGCCUCAGGAGUCGUCGAGUACGCGCGCGGCUCGCACCGCUGGCCCCGUGCAAGCGCAAAGGCCUCGUUCCACGACGGCGCGGGCGCCGACCCCGUGACAACAGCGGCCGCGGCGGCGGGCGUCGAGCUCGUCGUGGAUCGUCACGAGGUGCCCGCGUGCUCGGCGGUCUUCCACCACCAGGACGUCUGGCACGGGAGCGCUGCCAACGUCUCGCCGGAUCGGCCGCGGCGGGCUCUAGGCCUGCACUAUAUCCGCGACGACGUGAAAUUCCGCCGCGACCCGGACUACAUCUACGGUCGCUACGACCUCGGCGACGGCGUCGUGCACGACGCGUUCUUUCCGCGCGUGUACCCAGCGUCUCCAAUGAGGGCGCGGCGACUAGGUGUCACGGUGGACCGGAGGCGUUCUUCCUCCGAUGCUGCGCCUUCUUCUUAG